AUGAAAGACACGACUAUAUCGUUACAUUUCACGACUUGUAUAAAUGAAUUCCAAUUAACUGGAAGAGCUGCAUAUAGAAACACAGAUUCAAUUAGAGAAGCGUCUGCUCGUAGAGCAGGAAGUUUUAAUUCAAGCAUUCGAAGAAAUGAGUUCUAUAUAGUAUCACCAGAAACAGUAGCUAACUUGUUUGCACACACCGGGUUAAGCAGUCGACCGCAAUAA